AUGAACGCGGCGGCCGAGCAUGGGCACAUUGCGAUCGUCCGCUUCCUCCACGACCACCGACGCGAGAUUUGCACGGUGGACGCGAUGGAUGCUGCGGCCAAGCACGGCGACCUUCUCGGGAUUCUGCAUUACCACCGACACGAAGGCUGCACGUCACUGGCACUGAACGCGGCGAGCACCACUAAGCACCAGAACAUCGUCGACUUCCUCCACACGCACCGAGAGAAAGGUGGCGCGACGCAGCCAUGCGCGGCCACCUCGACGUCGUCCGCUUCCUUGAUCGCCACCGACGCGAAGGCAGUCGGUCGCUCUGUCGUGGCCUACGUGCUGCCGCUCAUCGAGACGCUUCGCGUGUUGCCUGCGGCCAACGCGCCGUGCACGCAGCGGGUGCUGACGUGGGCGGCGAUGGCGGGCCAUGUUCACGUUGUCGCGUUCCUGCGGCAAAACCGGAAUGAAGGCGAUGCGAACGAAGCGCUUGCGACGGCGUUGCGCAUGGGCAUGGACCGUGUCGCGGUCAGGCUCCAGGCAGCGUCCGCGGCGGUCGUCGGGCACUGA